ACUAACCAAGAAAAGAAGACAAUACACAAAAAUUGAAUAACCUGUUGGACUUUAGGACCAGGAGGAGACAGUCACGGUGGAGUGAGGGACACGCAGGCAGGAGCGCGAGCGCGUCAAAUCUCAGCAACAGGGACGCUGUAUACAUAAUGAGGUCACGUUAAGCCUGCCGUAUCUGGCACCAUGAGCGGCAAGAGCCUCCUCCUAAAGGUCAUCCUGCUCGGUGACGGCGGCGUGGGCAAGAGCUCGCUGAUGAACCGCUAUGUGAGCGACCGUUUCGACUCGCACUCGUUCCACACUAUCGGAGUAGAAUUCCUGAACCGCGACCUGGAAGUGGACGCGCGUCCCGUUACGCUGCAGAUUUGGGACACUGCUGGCCAAGAGCGCUUCAGGAGCCUACGCACACCUUUUUACCGUGGCGCCGACUGUUGUUUACUGACAUUUGCUGUGGACGACGCACAGAGCUUCCGCAACCUCAGUGCCUGGAAGCAAGAGUUUGUGCGCUACUCGGAUGUCCGCGAGCCCGACCGCUUCCCCUUUGUCGUGUUAGGAAACAAAGUGGACAGGGUCGAGGACGGUGAACGGCAGGUGCCCGAGGAGGAGGCGCGCGCAUGGUGCCGGGAGAACGGCCAUUGCCCGUAUUUUGAGACCAGUGCGAAAGAUGACACCAAUGUAAGCGCUGCCUUCGAGGCCGCUGUCCGUGAAGUGCUGGCCUGCGAGGAUCACGUCGAUCACACUUUGCUCGGAAGCACUAUUGACCUGCACGGGAAUCGCAAGGCACCGCGCUCUUCCUGCUGCUGAGGAGCGCACCGAGAUUUAAGGCUUCAAAUGGCGUUAACCUUCUAGAUCCUUCUCAUCACUGCCUACUCCUGCGAAGGUCAAUAUAAUAAAAAGGGAGUAGAUGGAGUGUGUAGGCUUGAGGCCUUGAGGAAUUCCCAGGCUUAUUUAGGUACCGAUGUUGGAGGAAUUCUCUUUAAGUACAUUGUCACUGGUACAGUAUUUUAUAGUCUGCUUCUCUGCCUACAUUUGUAAAAGAUCCAGUUGUAUGAUGGAGGAGGGGUGUAUCCUUAAUGUGACGGUACACUGGCUUUAAUUGAGUACGAUCUGCAACACAACUACCCUUGCAGUAUCACUGCUAUGGUGUAGUGUGUGUAUGUAUGUGUAUAUAUAAUAUAUAUGUGUGUGCGCGCGUGUGUAUAGGACAUCACACCAGAACAUCUAAGGAUAAAAAGUCUUUGCUGUUUUGCAUUAACCUUUUGGAUGAGCCUAAUCUUUGCCUACACUCACAAAAGGCAAAGGGGUACGAUAAGGCUGCAGCAUAACUUUGCUUGUGUAGCGAAAUUACACACGUAGUGUCAACGGUACGCAGUAGUGUAACUUCUUCCUGCCAAAGGCUCUUGUGCAGUGGGGGUUCUGAUUUCUUUGCUUUCUUUUUCUGGAGGUCACGGGGCUUAGACAUGCUUCGUGAAGCUUUCAUUUCCCCAAAAGUACAUAUACCUUGUUGCACAAGUCGUCAUUCUGAAGCUUCGCUUUUUAUGAAGGUGGUUUAUCAGACAGUCUGUGUUUCUGCUUGCCGUGUUGUACGUUAGCCUAACCACAGAGUUUCUACUUCUGUGUUUUGUGCUACAUUUCAGUUUGUGUAAAUACAACUGGAAGACUGGUGAUGUGUAAAUUACCUUCCAUGACACAUUUUAAGUUUCUGUUCUUUCUUUCUUAGGUACAAAUGCUAUUAUGGUACUAUUUGACCAGGUUGAUCUUUAAGGUUAUCGUCUGACAUCGGCAUGAUCGUGUCAGAAACAUGUACCAGCUCUCAGUCACAUCAAAAAUAAGGGCUGUCUCAUGUUGAAAAUCGGUUUCGAUCACGUGUUCACUUUCAGCGCUUCACAUCAUAGCCUAGGAAAGUUCGAAAAGUCGGUCUUAAGUCAGUACUAAUUGCACUUGUGUAGCAGUUGACCCUCAGGAGCACUUGUGCUCCGGGUCAGCUCACAUUGUUUUGCUGCCUUUUGCCUUUAAAUGGCAAAAUCAUUACCUAGUAAUAACUGUUUGCUAAUCUGAAUGUGAAAAAAAAGCACAUUUGCUCUGGCGUCUUGAAUUUAAUUUUUAUAGUGUUGCAAAAAUGUUCUUGUGCACAGUCUUGCAUAUUCAGAUGCAUUUAGCACACAAGAUUUUGACAUUGUUAAUAUGUUUAACAAUAUCAGAUUAGAUAUUAACCUCGCCUUUUUGAGAAUAAAUCAGAUCCGAUAAUGAUUUGAUAUGUACUAUAUCUAUCGCUGCCUAUAUUUAAGCAAACAUUCUUCAAUCCUUCGAAGUUUACUCUCCUAACUUAAGUAUUGUAUUAAUCUAAAGCAUGGUCCUUGCCUUCGCUUGCUCUCACAUGUAACCUCCACAACGCUUUCUGCCACCUUCCUGCAAAUGGUUCAUACAGCAGCCUACGCGGGUCUCCGUCCACUUCAUCACAAUUGGUUAACGAGAAUGGUUCACUGUGAAAAAGCAUCAGUUCCAAUGGACGUUGUUUUUCCUCUCAUGUUUGCUCCCUAUAUUUAUUGUCUGUAUUGGAUAAGAUGGCUGAUGGCAUUUUUAGACUUACUGUAGGUACCUGAAGUUGUUGUGUUCACUGUGAUUUUGGAUGAUGUUAUUACCUUGUUUGGAGUUCAUUCUAGGGAUACAUAUAUUAAAAUUGUUUUAAUGAUUUUUUU